UUAUUUGCCUCUUGUUCACUCUGCGCCUGCCUCCACUUCACCUGUAAUGGUGCUCAAACUACCUUUAAUGUCUGAAGCGUGUCUCAGGCUGUGGAGUACAAUGCCGACCAAACAAUUACGGAGGCGACAUGCUACAGCAGGUAUCUGUGACCACAGCUUUGUUCCGAGAGGCCCAGACGCUGUGGACAGGCUGGCAUUCAAGUACAUGGAGAUGUGUAAAGUGGAUUCAAGCUCGGACUCGGAGUCAGACGUAAGCCCGCGAUGGUCCGAUGCUAGCAGUAAGUCACUACAGCUUUGCACAAGUCUUAAGAAGCCUUCUUUACCACAAAAGCCAUUUGGACGGCACUACCAACAAUCCCUGGACCCAUAUGAUGGAAGUUCAGAAGACUCUACUUCCUCUGCUGAUGGUUCAAAAAGACAGAAACACAGAGGCUUCAGAACUAAAGGGAGAGGUCGCAGAGCGGCCCCCAAUCCUGCACCCCUCUUUGAAGUGAGGAGGCCAGGGUCAAGAGAUGGUAUGCCUGCAGACGUCCAGAUGAGAUCAUCAAGUGACUCAGAGCUGAAGGCGGAUAAUCAGGGGGACUUCCCUCCUAGCGCCAGAAAAUUUGCCAAUGCUGAGAUUUUACAGAAACCUCUCUACUGCCCUGUAGUUCCAUUUGGUAGAGAGACAUUUCAUCUAACCGAUGACUUACUCAAGAGCCCCACCCACCUUGGUUCACCUUCCAAAAGGAAGUUGUUUGGCACAUUGGCUGAUUCUGAGGAAUACAUGCACAGAAAGAAGCAGUGUAUCACUCAAAUGGAGACAGAGACCAUUUUCCCAGAGGGAUGAGGCAAAGUGUUUCAUCUUUCAUCUUAAUUCUGCACACAGUAUCAUCUGGAAAGAAUCACCUGUCUGAAGAACGCUGCAUGCUGUCACUCAAGACUGUAAUGGGGAAGCUUUUCUAUAGGAACUGUUCCAUCAGGGCAAGUGGAAAUUUGUUGCAAGGAAGUGGAUUUAGAACCUCAAGCAUUACAAAGUGAAUUCUUUUUCACUGUAAUUUCUGUACCCCAAAAGCUGCCAACGUAAGGUUUAGGAUGGUGUUUGUCAUUUUAACUGGAGUCUGUAAAAUAUUUGCUACACAUUCUUCUAGCUUCCAACACAACAGCUAUUUAACAAGCCUGCCAUAAGUUUAAAAUAAAUAUAUUGGAGCAGGGGGGAAAAAUAAAUAUAGUGUGGGGCUACUCAAUGUGUACUAUAUCCGAUUAGGAGUAAUGUUUUCUUUGAAUUCAUUUAUAUACACCGAUCAGGCAUAAUAUUAUGACUACCUCCUUAUUUCUACACUCAUUGUCCAUUUUAUCAGCUCCACUUACUAUGUAGGUGCACUGUGUAGUUCUACAGUUACAGACUUUAGUUCAUCUGUUUCUCUGCAUACUUUGUUAGCACCCGUUUACCCUGUUCUUAAGUGGCCAAGACUCCCAUAGACCCUCACAAAGCAGGUACUGUUUGGGCGGUAGAUCAUUCUCAGCACUGCAGUAACACUGACGUGGU